AUGUUCCGUUUGCUGAUUGAACCGACGAUGUACCUGAGCAAUAACUGGUUACCAAUGACAUUUGGGCUCAACGACUUGACCUCAGUUACAGUACACAACUCCACCCACGUUGCACAAGAUUACCAAGCCGUAUACAAGCUAAUGAAGACAUUCGAUCGUCUUCACCCCCAUGGUCUGGUGCACUUCGAUACAGACGAAGUAGUGAUGGUGAAACCAGAGAGACGGCCACCGUUAUUGGUCCAUAUGGUGUUACGAGCUGUAACGGUGAGAGCUAUGACCAUACACAUAGAUAUGGGCAUCUCUGACAAGAAGGGGGCUCCGCAUUCCGUCAUGUUAUCAAACACAGGACGAAUGACGACACGGGUAAACUCGAAUACAUUAUACGCUGGCUUGAGGGGGUGUCGACAUGAGAAACUGCUUGGGCAUUCGACGGACACACCGACACGCGUACGUAAACGCCGUCGUGACCAGAUAUAA